AUGGGGACAAAGCAGUGCCACUCUUGCGGAUUACAUGCACUGUCUCGUUUGUCCACUUUAGAAGUUCAAAUCCCAGAUGAUAAGGCGGCACCACACGACUUCUUUCAAGAGUUGCAGAAAUUGGAAAGAUACAAGAUUUUCAUAGGAAAUGAAUGGAAGUGGGAGCGGUUUCGCAGCUACCGAUAUUCAAGAACCCUAAAACUGAAGCUAAACACAGGCAUGCAUGAUUUGGAUCUUGGAAUUAAGAAGUUGUUGAAAAAAACUGAAGAUUUACAUUUGGAUGAACUCAAAGGUGUGAAGAUUGCAUUGAGGGAGUUAAUAGAUGAGGAAAGCAUAUCGCAGUUGAAGAAUCUACAUAUCCAAAAUGGUUUAGAUACUGAAUACAUUAUCAAUGAUGAAUGUGAGUUUCCUCAAUUACAGUCUCUGACACUGCAUGAUCUUCCUAAGCUCAUUAGCUUUUGCCCUCAACACGAAACCGGUGCUACCAGCUCAUUACCUCAACAUGAGUUGCCACUUUUCAAUGAAAAGAUAUCGUUCCUUUACUUGGAGAAUUUGUGGCUUAAAUCGAUUAAUGUUACGAGGGUAUGGCACAAUCAGCUUUCAAGUAUAUCUUUAUGCACUUAUGAGAAGUUAAAAACAUUGAAAAUCGAGGGUUGUGGAAGCUUAAAACACCUAUUCUCAUUUACUAUGGCUAAAUGUCUAGUGCAUCUCACAGACUUUGAGAUAACUGGGUGCUACUGCUUAAGAGAGAUCAUUUUCAUGGAGGAAAUAGAAGAAGAAACCCAGGCUGCUAUAACUUUAUCAUUAUUUCCUCAGUUAAUGUCUUUAAAGCUAAAGGAUCUUCAGCAUCUGACUAUCAAAUUCAAGUUAUUGAAUUUCCAGCCAUGA